CAGCAAAAACAGUCAGAAUCAUAUUUAGUAAAGUAAACACCUAUACCUUUGUACUAGUGUGUCUAACAGAAAAGAUAAAUUUUGACUAUUGUAAUGUCAUCAUUUUAUUUUGACCUUUGCCUGUUCUUGUCGAUUAAGAGACACACUACCUUCUGAAAAAAUAACAAGAGGAACAGAUCUAGUUGUGGAAUUUAGAUUUGGAAUAUGUGCUAUUAUUUGUAAUAUCGUGAGGCAGCAUUAUGGGGAGAAUUCAAUGAAGGACGUCUGGUUGUGGGGAAAUUAACAUUACAUUAAAACUUAAUAAAAUGAAAUUGGACCUAUUGUUUUUUCUAAAACAUGUAAACGUUAACGAAUUAUUCCUAAAUUUGUAAGAUUUCAAGUGACACAAGUACAUAAAGUGUAUAGUAAAUCAAUUGCCAAAUGUUAUAGAGAUAUGGUAGUUGAAGAAAUUAAAUGGAAAAAAUGUCAAUUGACAAAAACGUAUCGAUAACAUAAAGACAUUGUGUCAACAAGAACGAAAUGAAAUUCAUUUCAUUAGAACUAAAACGAUAAUUGAACGUUGAGUUUCACGCAAAACGUUUCAAUGGAAAACUAUACAGGAUAAGAAGAUUGGUGCUUCGAAGGAAAAGUAUAUUCUAGGCAGUGGUAUCACUAAUAUUCAGAUUGAUCUUUUAAUCUUUCAAAUAAGACUUUAACAAAUGAUGAACGUGGUGUCUUAAUCAAUGGUUUGGACUAUGUUAUACCAACUAACAGAUUAUAUGAAGAACAAUUUAUUGCUAUCAUCGAAGCUUGUUUCGUCUCAUUAUUAGGCUAUUGUACAGAACAAUUCGAUUGA